AUGCAACACACGCCGCUAGACAUCUUCUUGUCGGUGUGGCAGCACAUCAGCAGCCCGGCGGAGCUGCCGAUGCUGCUGUUGUGCGUCACCGAUCAGGAGUCCCGCCACAGGGAUACCGUGUUGAGCAACGAGGAUGUGCAGCGCGUUUGUGGGGCGAUCCGCCGCAAGAAUAUGGAGUGGGACUUGAUGCGUGGUCUCUUUGCCCUGCAGCAGGGCACGGCCGGCGUGCCGGUGCGGGUGGUGGACCUGAUGGUCAUUCUUCUUUGUUGGGAGGCAACGACAAUGCAGUCUGCGCGAUGGUUCCUCGAUGUGUGCGCCCGGCAUGUGCGGAGGCUGCUGGAGCGUCAGCUUGGCGCGGAUGCAGCGGGAGGCGAACGCAUCACGGAAACCGUCGUCACUGCUGCGUUGCUGUUGUUUGGCUGCAGCGAUGGGCUGCUGUACGAGAUGGACGCGUUCUUGGGGGAGGCGUCCGUUCGGUGCAGGGACAUCAGCGCGGCGCUGGCGUGCCUGCGGGAAAUUGCCGAUCGGCUGUCGGCUGCGACGGAGGCGGAAGAUGUGGUGGAUUGCAUGGCGCCAGCCACGCCCACUCCGCCGCCAUCGCCGUCCACCGUGGCUGAGGCACGGGGGGCAAGUCCCACGUCCGACAAUACGGAGGAGCGUCCGCGGAAGCAACGGAGGUGGCGUGCCUGCGCUGUGCUCUAG